CGCUGCAGUAGCCAGGCGGAACCCCGAGAGCGCGCGGCGCCCUGCAAAGACUGGAGACAGCAGGAUCCGCGGCCCGAGCCAUGGCCGGCUGCCUCGCUCCGGAGGGAGGCUGUUGCUCCCGGCGAGGCGGCGCGCAGGACAAGGAGCAUCCAAGAUACCUGAUCCCAGAGCUUUGCAAACAGUUUUACCAUUUGGGCUGGGUUACUGGGACUGGAGGAGGAAUUAGCUUGAAGCAUGGCAAUGAGAUCUACAUCGCUCCUUCAGGCGUGCAGAAGGAACGCAUUCAGCCUGAAGACAUGUUUGUUUGUGAUAUAAAUGAACAAGACAUCAGUGGACCCCCACCAUCCAAGAAACUAAGGAAAAGCCAGUGUACGCCUCUUUUCAUGAAUGCUUACACAAUGAGAGGAGCAGGUGCGGUGAUUCACACCCACUCGAAAGCUGCCGUCAUGGCCACCCUCUUGUUUCCGGGCCGGGAGUUUAAAAUUACACACCAAGAGAUGAUCAAAGGAAUAAGGAAAUGUACCUCAGGAGGAUAUUAUAGAUAUGAUGAUACGUUAGUGGUACCCAUUAUUGAAAAUACCCCGGAGGAGAAAGACCUCAAAGAACGCAUGGCUCAAGCUAUGAACGAGUACCCAGACUCCUGUGCAGUGCUCGUCAGACGCCAUGGGGUGUAUGUGUGGGGAGAAACAUGGGAGAAGGCUAAAACCAUGUGUGAGUGCUAUGAUUACUUGUUUGAUAUUGCCGUGUCAAUGAAGAAAGCAGGACUCGAUCCUACACAGGUCCCGGCUGAAGAAAACGGAAUUAAAUAAUCCAGGUGGAAGCUUCCUAGUAUACAGAGAUGAGAGUAAACUUAAUUAUUACAUAAUAAGAAGACUAUUUUUUAAACAAAUUGAAAUUUUCAACAUUAUUAUGAGUUUCUCGCUGAAUUAUACACAUGUCACCCAAAAUCUCUUUUGACACCAAAUGGUGUUUUCUCCUAUUCUUGUACUUUUAAGUGUCAGGACAGUAAAAUAAAAAUUUUAUAAUCAGU